AGCAUUUACAGCAUCCCCGCCUCCCGCAUGCGGCGGGGCAGGGGCUCGGCGCCGCAUCCCCCGCGGCCGGUACCGCACCGCGCUGCACCGGGGACGGCGGGGGCGGGGGGGGCGCUGAGCGCCUCUACCGCUGCCCGGGCGGGCGCUCGGUCGGUCCCGAAGGGGUUAAGCCGGGACCUGCCGCCCGGGACCGGCCCAGCCAGCCCGGCAACUCGGCGGCGAGCGGCAGGCAGCGGGCAGGCGGGCUGCGGCCGCCUCCAGCCCGCUCCCACCGGCACCGGCACCGGCCGGGGACCCUCCGGCCGCAGGCGCCGGUGAGGCUGCGGCUCUGAGCGCUCCUUCCUUCUCCACCGUCCCUGCCCGCCGCCGGCGGGUCUCCGGCACUGCGCAGCCAUGACGACCUCGGCGCUGCGCCGGCAGGUGAAAAACAUCGUGCACAACUACUCGGAGGCGGAGAUCAAGGUGCGGGAGGCCACCUCCAACGACCCCUGGGGACCCCCCAGCUCCCUGAUGUCGGAGAUCGCCGACCUCACCUUCAACACGGUGGCCUUCGCCGAGGUCAUGGGCAUGAUCUGGCGGCGGCUGAACGACAGCGGCAAGAACUGGCGUCACGUCUACAAAGCCCUCACCCUCCUGGACUACCUCAUCAAAACCGGCUCCGAGAAGGUGACCCACCAAUGUCGGGAGAACCUCUACACCAUCCAGACGCUGAAGGACUUCCAGUACGUGGACCGGGACGGCAAGGACCAGGGCAUCAACAUCCGGGAGAAGGUGAAGCAGGUGAUGGCGCUGCUGAAGGACGAGGAGCGGCUGAAGCAGGAGCGGGCGCACGCGCUGCAGACCAAGGAGCGCAUGGCCCUCGAGGGCAUGGGCAGCGGCAGCCACCAGGUCACCUAUGGCCGCCGGGCAUCGCCCUACGGCGACGACUACGGCCGGGCGCGGGGCUCGCCCUCAUCCUUUAACUCAUCGUCCUCGUCCCCACGGUUUGCCUCCGACCUGGAGCAAGCGAGGCCGCAGACGACGGGCGAGGAGGAGCUGCAGCUGCAGCUGGCGCUGGCCAUGAGUCGGGAGGAGGCGGAGAAGAAGCCACUUCCUCCAAUUUCCAGUACAGACGAAGAAAGGCAAUUGCAGCUAGCGCUCGCGCUGAGCAAAGAGGAGCACGAGAAGGAGGUGAGGGCUUGGCAAGGGGAGAACUCCCUGCUGCAAAGAGCCGCGGAGGAGACUGCCCAGGGCAGGGAGGAAGAGGAGGAAGAAGACAAGAUGAAGAAAAGCCAGUCCUCUAUCCUGGAGCUGGCAGAUAUAUUCGGGCCGGCGCCGGCCCCCUCCGGCCACACGUCUGCCGACCCGUGGGAUAUGCCAGACAUGAAAGCCAAAGCGGAACAGGCGGCUUCUGCCUGGGCCGGUGCUGCUGAUCCCUGGGUGCCGGUCCCAGCUGCUGGCGGAGAGCCACUCUCCCAGGCCAGCGCCUCGUCCCAGCAAACCUCUGCCGGGCCCUGGGAUUUCCCUCCCGCCACCACGGCAGCCUCCGACCCCUGGGGGAAGGCACCCCUGUCUUCUGGCUUCCCUCCUGCGGACCCCUGGGCGCCGGCAUCCCCCCCAGCCCAGGUCCCUGGUCCUACACCAGCUGCCGACCCUUGGGCCGCUGUGUCCGAGCAACCUCCCAACCCUGCCCCAGGGGGGGAUGCUUUCGACCCGUUUGCAAAGCCACCCGGGCCAGCCGAGCCGCCGGAGCAGGAGCCCCCGCAGCCGCCCCCCUCUGCCAAGUCCAACAGCCCCGUCGAGCUGGACCCCUUCGACGACCUGUUCCCCAGCGGGAGGCAGGACGGGGGCAAGAGCUUCGACCUGACCAACCUGGCCGACUCCCUGCCCGAAUCCGGCAAGGAGCGGAAGGACUGUAAAACCCCCGAGGCUUUCCUCGGCCCCGCCGCCUCCUCCCUGGUCAACCUGGACUCCCUGGUCGCGCCUGCGCCGGCCUCCAAGACACGCAACCCCUUUCUCUCGGGUCUGAGCACGCCGUCCCCCACCAACCCCUUCAGCCUCGCCGAGCAGCCCAAGCCCACGCUCAACCAGAUGCGGACCAGCUCGCCGGUGCCCGGCUUGCCCGCCGGCCACCCCGCCAACUCCAUGACCUACAGCGCGUCCCUGCCCAUGCCCCUCAGCAGCGUGCCCCCCGCCGCCGCCGCCCUCCCCGCCUCCGCCAGUGCCUUCCCGCAGGCCGGCGCCUUCCCCGAAAUCCCCGGCAACUUGCCCAACUUGCCACAGCCUUUACUACCGCUCAGCGGCCCCCCGGCCCCGCCGGCUGCUCCGGGGGGGCUCAACCCCUUCCUCUGAAGUUUCUGGACGUAGACUCUGGCCCCUUCCCCGGCUGUUAGAGACACCCCCUCCCCAGCCUUUCCUCCCACCAAGACAUUGGGGGGGCCAGCGGUUUGCUAGCUGCAAGGGAGCGUGUGUCCCCCCCUCAAUGCCAGCCCCCUCCCCGUGCCCACCGGCUGGGGGGCAGCCAGCAUGAGCCCCCCCCCGUGCUUGACGGGGUGAGAGGGGACCCCCUUCCCCUGCGAAGGACGGAGCCAUGGCGCGGGCCCCUCCGAAGGGCUGCGGUUUUGGGGGGGGCUGCGGUGCAUGGGGUCUCGCUGCUGGAUGGUUCCCCCCCCCGUCCCCCGUCCCCCCUCCCACCAUCCCGGGGUGGGGGGGCUUUGCCCUGGCGCUUGUGGGGCAGCGCUGGGGCUGGGGGGAGCUGGGGUUCACCCCCCCCCCCUUCCCCAUGCUCCCCACACUGGGGUCCCCGGCUGGUUCGUGCCCCCCCCC